GUGAAACAGUGGGAAAUAUUUGUUGGAAAAUGACGCACUUCACCGUACUGAUUUUGGUCCUCUUUGGCACCGGAUUAGGGGUCUCGUAUGGAAAUCCAAAUGAAAGAAUACUGGGCGGAAACGAAACUGACAUUGAAAACUACCCUUACGCUCUUCAGCUGUUCUAUAUGGACCAACUAGAAUGCGGGGGUAUCUUAGUUUCUGAACGUUUUGCUCUAACCGCUGGUCACUGCAUAGCCAGAAAGACCGUAGAAUAUUUUCUGAUCCGCGCUGGAACUACAACCCUUGGAGAAGGCGGCCAAACGUUCACUAUAUCACAAACCACUUACCAUCCACAGUUCAACCUGAGCCAUAAUAACUACGACGCGGUUGUUCUUCUUUUGUCAGAGACCGUUUCAGUCUCUACAGCGAAACCCAUACAAUUAGCUACGGACGAUAGUGCUAUCAUCGAGGGAGGGACGAUUCUAGUAGCAGGUUGGGGUUGGACGAUACUGAAUACGAAAAAUGAGUUUUCCACGACACUUCGAGUUACUGACCUAACUAUUCUCGGUGACGAAGAGUGUAAAAAUUCCUACGAUACACCGGUCAUCACGGAUGCCAUGUUCUGUGGGAACUAUUCGGGAACAAAGAUCCGAGAUUUUUGUUUUGGAGAUUAUGGUGGACCUGCCGUUAUCGACGGGAUCCUGCAGGGUAUCAUAUCGUUCGGCGAGAGCUGUGGAGAUGGUUACAAUGGCAAAGUAUUUGUAAGGAUUUCUAUCAUAAGAGAGUGGGUGCUGAAUAUUAUUCAGUCAAUUGAUUAAAUGAUGAGACGGAA